CAGAAAUUGAGGAUGCCAUAAGAAAUUAUUUCUGGAAUGGUUAUGAAUUCGAAACAAUACAUUACCUCAGCUGAACCACAAAGACAACUUUUCUAUCAGCCAACAUUGCUGAAGAAGCUCUUGUGGGACAUUCAAGGACAAAACCUGUGCUGGUCAAAAUGUGAUCCUGUCCGGAAUUCCAAACUGUCUCCUGGCAAGUGUUUUCCAGAAAGGAAUACCUUUUCUAAAUUAUUAUGUGCAAAGAAGCUGCAGCAUGGGUCAUGCAAUCUACAACCAGGAUAUGCAGCUUUGGAUCCAAUAUUUCAGAUGAAUGAAGAUGCCAGUCAUCUCUGUAGGACUUGUGUGUGUGAAAAUGAUUCAUAA